CCUGGAGGGGGCACACGGUGGAAAAAGCCCCGUGUGAAACCCAUUUGCCUCCCCCGGGCCAAGGGGGGCUGAUCCUCUCCCCAGACUUGCUCUCAAACCACCAAAAUGUCCUGAAUUUCGGUGGCAGGAAGGGCCGGCUCUGGUUUCCUCCGCAGUACAGAUUCAGGUCUUACCUGCUUCUUCUGGGAUCAUCAGGGGAGGAAAAAAAGCCCGGGAUGGUGGAGCUGGAGGGGUUAUAAAGGGUGUGAGGUGUGAGGCUGCUCAGAAUUCCAGCACCAUGGGCCGAAUCCUGCAGCUCCUCUGCUUCCUCCUGCUCCUCCAUUCCUGCCCCUGCGCCGUCAUCACUGGGGCCUGCGAGCGGGACCCUCAGUGUGGCCGCGGGACCUGCUGUGCCCUGAGCCUGUGGCUGAGGGGGCUGCGGGUCUGCACCCUGGGCCGGGAGGGGGACGAGUGCCACCCCUUCAGUCACAAGGUCCCUUUCUUUGGGAAGCGCCAGCACCACACCUGCCCCUGUCUGCCCAACCUCCUGUGCUCCAGGUUCCUCGACAGCCGCUUCCGCUGCUCCGGCCACUUCAAAACCAUCCAUUUUUAGGGGGAUUCUCCCUAAAAACCCACCCAUGAGCCCACAGCACCCGUGUCUUGCCCUUUCCCGUGGCUGUCAGGUGCCCACAGAGCACCAGGCAGCCUCAGAGUGCUUUUCUGAGAUGGACAGUGUUGUUUUGAGCUGUUCUGGGGGGAAUCUGAGGCCAAGCUGCUCCAACACGUGGCUCAGCAAAGCUCUGCCCCAGCAAAGCUCUGCCCCAGCAAAGCUCUGUCCCAGCAAAGCUCUGCCCCAGCCCAGAGCAGGAUCCGGCUCCAGCAUCCUCUGGAUGCCCCUGGAUCGAGGGACAGUGCCUGGCAAAUGCCUGGGGCCUCACAAAUCCCUUUUCCCCAAGCUGUUGGCUCCAUGGCCUGGAUGCUUCCAGGGAGUUCCCACCUCCCUGCUUUGUUUUAUCCAGCAAAAGUCAAGGAUGGGGAAAUUUGAGAAGUGAAAGUAGAUGCCAAGCAGCCAAGAGCUUCCUCCCAUGUUUUUUAAUCCUGGCACAGGAUAAAUUUUGGGAUGUGAAGCUGAGCAGCAGCAUCUCAUGUUCCAGAGCACCUGCAGGGCUGGGGGAGACGCAGUUUAACCUAUCUCAUAUUUUUCAGUUGUGAAAAACAAAAAUCAAAGGGGCAGAAACUUCGUUUUGUGGGGAAGUGGAGCAUUUUGAUCAACACCCAAAACCUGCAGCUUGUGCCCAAACUGUCCCAAAUCCAAACCCUCUGCAGCAUCCUCAGAGCUGCUUUGUCUCUGCAAUUCCCACUGGAUAAAUCAGCUCUGUAAGGAUGGUUCCCAUCGUGACACUGCCCAGUUGGGGCUUAUCAGGAUGAUCUAAUCUGACCCACAAUUCGAUCAAAUCCAUACCAAAUAGCUGUAGGGAAUCAAGGAAUGGCUUUUCCCAAAGUCCAGGCAGGAAGAGGCUGAAGCAGAGCUGGUUGGAGCCGUGUUGUGCCAGAUGUGGGGCUGGGAUGUAGGGAAAGGUUUUCCAGCCUCGGCAUCUCCCUGAGGUUCAGGCACUGUACGAGGUUUUGGGGGUUCUCUUUCUGUCAGGUGAAUUUGAGAGGAGAAUGGGACAUUAAAGGUCAUUAAAGUGCUAAAAGUGAUUUUGGACACGUGUUUUCAGUUCUGCUCUGAAAUACAGUGUGCAAAAUUCAUGUGUUGCUUGAGUUUCCUGGUUCCAACAGCAACCCCUGGGUGCAAUAAAGACAAAUAUUAAAGAAUAAUAGACAGCA